CCCCGCCAGCCCCAUUGCUCCGGAGCCUCCCACCAGACAAGGAGGGCUCGCCUCGAGGCAGCACGGAGGUGGCCUCUGCUUUCUCCUCUCCAGAGGCCAGAAGAAAGAAGGCGACGGAGGCAUGGCUUGUCUCCCUGGCCUGGGGACCCCUGGGGUCCUCCUACUCUUGAGUUGGGUCGUCUUUGGAAAUGGACUUCACUUAGAGAUUCUUGGUGGCAAAAACAACAAGCUAUUCAAUGAAAACAGCCUAAUUAGGCAAAAGCGGGAAUGGAUUGUCCCACCUGCAGUCAUCUGGGAAGAGAGGGACAAUUCCAAAAAGAACCCAAUUGCUAAAAUACAUACUGAUCGUUCAAAUGAACCAGGAGUAAUUGUUACCUAUACUAUUUCUGGCCAAGGAGCUACAGAACCACCUUAUGGAUUAUUUGUGAUUAAUGAAACAACUGGAGAGCUAAACAUAACUGGAAUAGUUGAUCGGGAAGAAACACCAAUCUUGCAUCUAAAAGGUUAUGCACGGGAUAAAUAUGGUGCCAACUUGGAAAAACCAUUAGAUCUACGAAUUAAAGUUCUGGAUAUAAAUGACAACAGCCCAGUAUUUUCGCAGGAGGUCUUUUCAGGUUCUGUUGAAGAACUGUCAGAAAUGGGUACUCUUGUGAUGAAGAUAACUGCAACAGAUGCAGAUGAGCCAAACCAUCAAAACUCCAUAAUUCAUUACAGGAUCGUUUCACAGGAACCUAAUCGGCCUCAAGCUUUUGUAAUUAAACCUGAAACAGGGGAGGUUCGGACUGCACUCAUCCAACUUGACAGAGAGGUGCACAGUAGCUACAGUUUAAUUGUGGAAGCAAAAGAUGGCAAUGGAAGUUUAUCCGCAAAUAGUCAGCAGACUAGUCUACAGAUCAAGAUUUUGGAUGUCAAUGACAACAUUCCUGUUCUUGAAAAGGACAAUUAUGUAGGAAGCGUUAAGGAAAAUACAGCCAAUGUGGAAAUUAUGCGACUGAAGGCCUUUGACAGAGAUGAAGAAUUUUCUGAUAACUGGCUGGCACAGUUCACAAUUUUGUCUGGCAACGAAGGAGGCUAUUUCCAGAUAGAAACAGAUUCACAGACCAAUGAAGGUGUUUUGAAAUUGGUUAAGGAAAUGAAUUAUGAAGACCUAAAGAGUGUUGACUUGAAUAUUGUUGUUUCUAACAAAGCAGCAUAUCAUGAAUCAAUUAUCAAACAGGGCUUCCAAGCAAAACCAAUUCCAGUUAAAAUAAAUGUGGAAAAUGUAGUGGAAGGCCCUGUAUUUAAGCCCCAAACUAUGGUGAUUAAAGGCAGUGAAAAAAUGACCAUAGGCCAGAUUAUUGGGAGUUUUCAAGCACAUGAUCAAGAUACUGGAAAAAUAGCUGGAAAUGUCAGGUAUGCUAAAGACCGGGAUGCCGCAAACUGGUUCAUAAUAGACUCCAAAACAGCUGAUAUUAAACUGAUUAAAGUGCCUGGUUAUGAAUCACAAUUUGUUAAUAAUGGUACUUAUACUGCAACAAUUUUGGCCAUAAGUGAUGACAUCCCUUCAAAAACAGCCACAGGUACCAUUGUAAUUGAAGUGCCAAAUUUUAAUGACCACUGCCCAACUUUAGUGACUCGAGAGGCAAGUCUCUGUACUGGUGCCAAGUUCAUUAAUGUCACUGUUGAGGAUCGAGAUGCUCAUCCAUAUGGUGGCCCUUUUACUUUCACUGUCAUUGAUGGACCUGAAAGGAUGUCAGAGAGAUGGACAAUUGGCCAGAUGGCUGGAACUAGAGCACAGUUGGUGCCACAGAAUGUGGAUGUUGGAACAUAUGAAGUUUCUCUCUUAGUAAAAGACAACCAAGGCUUGAGCUGCCCUGAACCACAGAUCCUAAAGGUGCACGUUUGCAACUGUGUAGAUCGUACUGAUUGCAGAACUACAGAGGCAAUAGUUAGUCCCUCAGUUGUCCUUGGACCUGCAGCAAUUGCACUGAUCAUUUUGGCACUUUUGUUGCUGUUACUUGUGCCUCUCUUACUGCUGGCAUGUGGCUAUGGAUCUGGCUUGGGAUUUGGCACUGGAAAAGGUUUUGUAGCAAUUCCUGAUACCAGUGAAGAAAUGCUACGAAACUGGAACAGCGAAAAGGCAGCUCCUGACAAUAAGGCAAUUCCCAACCUCAUUUCUUCCUCAGCUGUGGACAGUUCAGCCUCACAUGGGGCAUUAACAGCAACGGGUGUUGGAGCAGCAGGGGCGAGUGUUGGGGCAGCAGGGGCAGCAGCUGCUGCUGCAGGAGGAGGCGGUGGUUCUUCUUCUGUGUUUAGAGAGAAGUACUUCAGCAGGGAAGAGCAAACAGCUCUUCUUUCUGGGGAAGACUAUAGAGGCAUGAUAUUUGGAGGAGGAUCGGGCACAGCAGCUGCAGGAAGUUUGGCAGCAGGAGGAACCAUGACUCUUGGUGCUGGAAGAACUUUUGCCAUGGAAAGUGGUGGAAGCAUGGUGAAUGAGGACUUCUUGAGGAGUUACUUCAGUGAGAAAGCUGAAGCUUUUGCUGAUGAGGAUGAAGCACAGCUUGCCAAAGACUGCCUGCUAGUUUACUCUCAGGAUGAAGAAAAAGAAUCCAUCCGUGGCUCGGUUGGUUGCUGCAGCUUUAUUGAGGAUGACUUUGACGACCAUUUCUUGGAUGACUUGGGAGACAAAUUUAAGACUCUGGCCGAUAUCUGUAUGGGCAAACAUGUAGGCAUGGGAGCUGGACAGGUCACUUUCCAAAUGUCAAAAGCUGCAAGUCCUAUUCUUGCAGUGAAUGAGUCAGAUGUACAAUACAUGCACCAACAAAAUGCUUUGAGUUCAGAACAGACCUAUACUUCAGGACCUAGCUACCAGCUACCCAGAUCCGCAGACCAUUUUGGUUCAGCAGCUAGAUCAGAGGAAACAGUUACUGAGACUAAAUUUACAUCUGGCCUGCAGCAAGUUAGGCCCACACUUGACCCCUUAGUUAAUAGCAGCAAUUUUGUUGUGACAGAAACCUCUUAUGGGGCCCGACCCCCAGUGGUAAUCCUUGACCCUCAGUUUACGGAGAAUGUGGUUGUAACAGAGAGAGUACUUGCUCCAGCUUCUAAUUUGCAGACUGUGUUAAACACGUCUGUUGGAGCCUUCCCAGAUCUCCCGGAUUCAAAAUAUGUUGUUGUAAGUGAAAGGGAAAGGGUCCUUGUACCGAGCACAGAUCUAAAGACUCCAUUAAGCAGUUUAUCAGAAGGGCAGAAUGUGGUUGUAACUGAGUCUGUGCUGACACCUGGUACUCUUAGGCAGAGCACAGCAGAUGCCUAUGCUGACACUGAGAGGCAGGAACAUGUUUUCAUCUCAGACCCUUUCCAAACCAAUGCUCAGGAGCUACUAUCCUCUGGCUCUACCUUGAGUAAGUCCUCAACAGUAACAAAAUACAGUUCUGUGCAGUAUUCGCGCUCGUAGAUGGGAUAUAUUUAACCCUUGUUUUUUUUAGUUUACAUUUAACAUUUUGGGGUUAAUAGGUGCCUUUCUCAAAGUUGAAUAAGUUACUUACCUUUCAUCACAGUGCUUGGUGUUAGCUACAACUCCAUCACAAUCAAAAGAAUGUAUCAGAAUAAAGUAUGCAACCCUAAACACCUUUACCAGAGAGCAAACAUAAUAAAAAAAAUGGUAUUUAUUUCUUAGUUAAAUUUCUUUGAGAAAAGCAUACUGCAUGUGGCUACUGAAAACUAUGGAUCUGGAAAGAUUGCUACUAAUAAAAAAAAGUUUGGGUGUCUUGGCUAUCAUAGCUUGUACUUAACUAAGCUUUCAGUUGCAUUCCAAUUAAAAUCAAAUUGAUUUAGUUUGUUGUGCAGCAGGCUUUAAAUAGCUAUUUUCAUUAACCUUCUAGGCCACCCUGCACAUGGUACUUCAGAAUUAGAUUGCAGUGUGUUUGUUGAAUUUAUUUCCCCUUAAGUGUGUUCAUCAUUGGAACCCAAUGUCACUUAUUUUAAUAUUUAUAAUUACUUAGAUUCAUUCUAUGGAUCUCGAAAUUAUUUUUUCUAAGAGUACCAUCCAAAAUAUCCUUAUUCAGACGUAAUUUACACUGCACUCUAUCAGUCUGACUCUCUAAUAAGUAUGUUCAAGAUUAUGGCAUUUGAUUUGCAAUACAGUCUUGCAUCGUAUGUGUGAAAUACCCCAUUGUAUGUCUCUUUUUUUCAGUUGUAGAGGGAGGAAUUCAUGGCCUCCCUCACAUAACAAUAUGUGAGGACAUAGUUCUGAGGGACACCACAAAGUUCUGCCUAUGUGGAACUUUGUCUCCUGUCUCCCACUAUAGGAUCCUAGCCACUGGUUUUGUCACUAGAACUGUAUGAUGUCAGAUUCUCCAAUAUAAUGGCUGUCUUGUUUCAGUCUUAAGGUUUUUAGAAACUAAGUUGCUUGGCAGAAUUUUCACAUACUUAAAAGAAUAAUAAUAAUAAUAAUAAUAAUAAUAAUAAUAAUAAUAAUAAUAAUAAUAAUGUUAAAAAAAGUGGUGUGAAUAAGACAAUUUAGUGUGAUCUUGUUUCAUAUGGUUUAUGCAUGCUAAUAUUUUUGGAACUGUAUCAGAAGAGGCUAUCACAUUCUUUCAAGGGGCUUUUAUGGGACAGCAAUAAAGCAUUAGAAAAGCAAAGUGCAGCAAAUUGUUGCAGUGUACAGAGCUAUAAUUCAGCUAAUUUUUUGGAUGCUAUAUUAUCUUCCCUUGUUCUUUUAUUGCCGCCUAUCCCUUCACUUUUGGGGAUUUUCCUGGAUGCUGUAUUCUCUUCCCUCGUUGUUUUAUUGUGGCCGCUCUCUUCACUUACAUACACAAAUGUACAUUCACAAUUAACCCAGCAACUGUCAGUUCCACACUCAUUGAUGCUCACUGUUUUGAGUAAGUAUGCACAGAAUAGUGCUGUUGAGCUCAGCUAUAAUUAGAAAAACUGGAGUUACAAGAUAGAAAUCCAUAACUGCAAAAUUAAUUGGAUCAUACAGGCACAAGAAAUAUUUUCAGGACACUCAGCUACCCAGAAGGGUUAUUCCAUUCCUUUUGGAUCCAUUUGGAGAACGCACACUGACCAGAGUUCCAAUUCUGAUUCCUCUCAGCUAUGAAACUGGUAGUUACCCAUGUAUCAUAUUUGAUAUUUUUAUUGUUUGUAUCAUACCUAUUGCAAGUGCCUUUGACUGAAAGCAAUAAGUACAACUGACUGUUGCACUAGUCCCUUUCCCCCUAUCACUAUGUAUUCAAUGUGCCUAUUCGAUAAGCAGUGCAUAUCAUUGUAAAUGCCGUAUAUUUUAGCUUGGGGAGACAAAAAUAAAUUUAAGGAACUUUUUAAAACAAAGUCAGUCACUGUACUUAUUUUAAGUUCCCCUCUUUUUAAAUAUGCAAAAUCUGUGAGAAGUUUUAUGUUUAUAUUGCAAUGCUAUAUGUAGAGUAAAACUUCUUUAGUAGUCUACUAAGGAUGUAUGUGUGAUUCCUAUUGUCCUUCCCAUCAUAAUAGAGUUAAUAAUCAGCUUACUUUCAUGAGGUGAUAUGGAUUUCUGAGCCUUUUGCUUUCUCGCCUCUGAUAUUUUAUGUAACUAGAUUAUGCACUGAUUUCAUGUUUGAGAGGUGGGACCAUUGUGCUGUCAUUUUUUUUAAUGGAAUUUCAAAUAAAUACAUACAUUUUGUCA